AUUUUGGGAUAAUGGACUAAUCUUAUCUAAAUGCCAUAACCGCAUGCGAAAAACUGUUUCGGACGCAGAGAAGUGUAUUUGUCUUUUAUCCAAGAUUUUGCCUGAAGAAGAAGAAGAAAGAAGAAGAGAGUUGGAUGCUGUGAGAUAUUGGGUAGAAAUGGCAUUACAAAGGACAAAUAGUUUCCUGCAUUCUGUAUCGCCUUUAAAAGAGAACAACCUCAAGGCCAAAGCUCGUCCUUUAUUGGCUAGUUUUAUUCUUCCGUCUAAAAAAAACAGAAGCAAGGCUAAGGUUUGUUGCUCGAGAAUGGAGUUUUUCAGUUCCUCAUCAUGCUUUCUGAAGCUUCCUUUGCAGGGUGGAAAUUUCAGAAGAAAUGGAGUAAGGGUGUCUGGAAUGGUUGAGGAACUUGGAAAGAGAUUCGGAGGGCAAGAUUUAAGUGACAGUGAUGAUGAUGAUGAUGAUGAGGAGAAGGAGGAGGAGGAUAGAAAAAAGGUUGAGAUGGACUCGUAUCUUGUUGAUGAUGAAGAGAGACGUGAGUGGAGAGCAAAAAUUAGGGAAGUAAUUGCUAGGUAUCCUGAUAUUGGGGAGGAAAUUGACCCAGUUGAAAAGAGGAAUAAGAUGCAAAAGCUUCUUGCUGAUUAUCCCUUAGUUGUAGAUGAGGAUGAUCCGGAUUGGCCGGAAGAUGCUGAUGGGUGGGGUUUCAACUUGGGGCUGUUCUUUGAUAAGAUCACUAUAAAGAAUGUCAAGAAGGAUGAUGAUGAGAAUUAUGAUAGUGAGAAAGAAAUAGUGUGGCAAGAUGAUAACUAUAUUCGUCCAAUCAAAGACAUUAAAUCUGCAGAAUGGGAAGAGACCGUGUUCAAAGACAUAAGUCCUCUAAUCAUUCUUGUACACAAUCGGUAUAAAAGGCCGAAGGAAAAUGAAAGAGUUCAUGAUGAAUUGGAGAAAGCUGUUCGCAUUAUAUGGAACUGUAACCUACCUUCACCAAGAUGUGUUGCAGUCGAUGCUGUAGUUGAGGAUGAUUUGGUCUCUGCUCUUAAAGUUUCUGUUUUUCCUGAGAUUAUAUUCACUAAAGCUGGGAGGAUAUUAUAUCGUGAGAAAGGCACUCGAACUGCAGAUGAGUUGUCAAAAAUCAUGGCUUUCUUUUAUUAUGGGGCUGCCAAGCCACAAUGUUUGGAUACCAUUGAGAGUAGCAACGAACUUAUUCCUUCAGUUGCCUCCAACAGCUAAAAUUAUAGCCCUGUCUGAACAAUCUGUUUGUUCUUUUAACACUGUCCUGAAACAUACAAAUGAAAAUAGUGAGGCUAACAUAUGGCUCAAUUGAUUAGUAGGUGCCUAAUGUAUGAUAGUUGAUGAUGAAAUACUUGUACAUGCUGUUUAUGUUAUACCAAAAGCUUCUGCAUGUCGAUAAUAUCAUCUAAAACAUGCUCAUAAACUUUGAUCUAGAGUAAAGUGCAUCAUCUCAAAUCCAUUGGAGUUUCAACAGUUCAGCAUGGAGAUGUGUAAUUCUUCAAGUGGAAACCGUUCUAGGCAAUAAGAUUGUGGAGGGGAGAGGUUUUUUCGCCUACCAUGAACAUUGAAGGUGUGAGUGUGAUAUUAUGGUUAGAUGAUCAUCAACGAACACAUUCAUGACCAUAAUGUAUCUUCUCCUUUGCCAAACGUGGGCAUCUGCAACUCAUCCAAGGUGGAUUUGCUCUUUCAUAGCUUUAUCUUACAAAAUUGUUUACAUCAAAAUAUACAAUUGGGGAAAUAAGUAGUUGAAGGUCAUGGUUUACAUAUCGACCAAAACACUCAUUGUAAAAAUUGCAUGCUUUGGCAUAAAUAGAACUUUUUUUUUAUCUUUUAAUGGAUACCUGCUGCUGCAUUUGUUCUAAUAGGGAAGAAGCAAAACUGUGAAAGCUAAGAGCAAUUGAUGUUUUUGGUGUUUAUUUACAGGAGCAUCUAAGAAACAACUUCUGUUGCU